UUGAAAUGCCAGGAAUAAAUGGAAGGAAGAAAUCUCACUCUUGUGAUGGAAUUCAUUCUCCUGGGCUUUUCUGACCUUCCCAAGCUCCAAGGCUUUCUAUUUUGGAUUUUCUCUGUAAUCUAUAUGGUUAUCCUGAUAGGAAAUACCCUCAUCAUUGUUAUAACCCAAGUCGAUCCAACUCUUCAAACCCCCAUGUAUUUUUUCCUUGGAAAUUUUUCUUUCUUGGAGAUUUGCUACACAUCAGUCACUCUUCCCACAAUCCUGAUGAACCUUUGGACCCAAAACAGACGUAUUUCUUUUGCAGCUUGUGCUGCUCAGCUUUGUAUCUUCCUUAUUCUGGGCUGUUUUCUACUAGCUGUAAUGGCAUGUGAUCGUUAUGUAGCUAUCUGUAAACCUCUGUAUUAUCCUCUUAUCAUGAAUCAUAAGGUGUGUACCAGGCUUGUAGCUGGUGCAUGGAUAAGUGCAAUCCCAGUUGUGAUUGUACUGGCUUAUCAGAUUUUCUCCUUGCCUUUUUGUGGUUCUAACAAAGUCAAUCAUAUAUUUUGUGAUAUUCAUCCUCUGCUGAAGUUGGCCUGUGGGGACACUUCUCUGAAUGAGCUAUCUGUCUAUAUUGAUGGUGUUCUUUUUGGCAUGGCUCCCUUUGUCCUGAUUUUGGUAUCCUACACCAAAAUCAUCAAUGCCAUUCUAAAGCUGCCAUCAGCCACAGGGAGAUACAAAGCUUUUUCUACUUGUUCUUCCCACCUCAUAGUUGUUGGCUUAUUCUUUGGUUCUGCUCUCAUUAUGUAUGUGAGACCUAAGUCUAGCCAUUCAGCUGGAAUAGACAGAAUCCUCUCAAUUUUCUAUACAAUUGUAACCCCAAUGUUUAACCCUAUGAUAUACAGCCUGAGGAACAAAGAUGUUAUUUGUGCUCUGAAAAAAUUACUAAUUAAGUGA